CCCGCAUUCCGCCCCACAUCCCCCUCUCCCGCAUCCCCCCCGGCCCCCGCCCCGCCCCGGCCGGGACUGCGCGCGCAGGGCGGGGCGGGCGCCGCGCUCCGCGCCCGUUCCCACCGGCAGGGGCCGCCGCCAGGCUGAGCGGAGCGGAGCGGAGCGUCGGGCGCGCCCAGGAUGGCAGUAGCUCCUCCAAGUUACUGUUUUGUAGCCUUUCCUCCAUGUUCUAAGGAUGGGCUGGUGGUGUUUGGAAAGAACUCUGCACGGCCUAGGGAUGAAGUACAGGAGGUGGUCUACUUUCCUGCCGCAGAUCAUGAUCCAGGAAGCAAAGUUGAGUGCACAUAUAUUGAGAUUGAGCAGGCACCGAAGACUCAUGCUGUGGUGCUGAGCAGACCCUCCUGGCUUUGGGGGGCAGAAAUGGGAGCUAAUGAACAUGGAGUCUGUGUGGCUAAUGAAGCCGUCGUGACCAGAGAACCAGCUUCUGAGUCUGAAGCCUUGCUUGGAAUGGAUCUUGUCAGACUUGGCCUAGAAAGAGGUGCAACAGCUAAAGAAGCAUUGGAUGUAAUAGUUGCAUUAUUGGAAGAGCAUGGACAAGGUGGAAACUAUUAUGAAGAUGGGAAUUCAUGCCAUAGCUUCCAAAGUGCAUUUUUGAUUGUGGACAGAAAUGAAGCCUGGGUACUGGAGACUUCUGGAAAAUACUGGGCAGCAGAGAAAAUCACAGAGGGAGUGAAAUGCAUUUGCAAUCAACUUUCAUUAACUACAAAAAUUGAUGCUGAGCAUCCUGAGUUAAGGAGUUACGUGAGAAGUCAAGGAUGGUGGAAUGGAGACUCAGACUUCAAUUUUUCUGAAGUGUUCUCUCUUGGUGAUGACCAUUUAGCCUGCUGUACUGGCAGGGAGAGCCUAGAAAAGCAAGGUGGUGAGGUUUCUGCACAAGCUAUGAUUGAUGUCCUGCGUGACAAGGAUAGCGGUGUCUGCGUGGAUUCUGAAUCUUUCCUUACUACUGCUAGCGUAGUGUCUGUUCUGCCUCAGGAUCCUAGUUUUCCCUGUGUUCAUUACUUCACUGGCACGCCAGACCCUUCAAGGUCCAUAUUUAAACCCUUUAUUUUUGUUGAUGAUGUAAAAUUAGUACCAAAAGUACAGUCUCCGUCUUUUGGUGAUGAUGAUCCUGCUAAAAAGAUACCUCGAUUCCAGGAGAAACCCGAUCGCAGGCAUGAACUGUACAAGGCACAUGAAUGGGCUCGAUCUCUCCUUGAGAAUGAUCAGGAUAAAGGCCAGAAACUGAUGAGGAUCAUGUUAGACCUUGAAAAACAAGGCUUAGAAGCAAUGGAAGAUAUCCUAACUCGUACAGAGGUGCUGGAUCCUGCUGAAGUAGUGGAUCUUUUCUAUGACUGUGUUGACACAGAACUAAAGUUCUUCAAAUAAACUACUGUGGCUAUUGUUAGCCUUUUCACUGGAAGACUGCAAAAUUCUUCAGGCCUUGAAAGAGUCUUCACGCUUGUGAAUUUGCAGGCAAAACAUUUCUAGAGGAAAAAAUAUUACUUGCUAGCUGUAUCCAGUUAACAAAUUGCUUUCCUUUGUCCAAUCUUGUGAUGUUCCUGUUUGUGUAUGUAUAUAAUGAAAGGAGAAAGUCACUGACUGGUCCAAUUACUGUGUGCAUGCUGGCUAAUUUAGUACAGAAUGUUUAAAUAUGUAUGUUGGGUAACCAAUUAAAGCAAAGAUUAACUUAAGCUAACUCCCAUAUUGUCAUUGAAAGCAAUCUGUUUUUUCCUCUAUUGCUCAGGACUGGGCUUGCAACAAAGCUGACUUGCAUUUUUCUCUUAUUGUUUAUUCAUACAAAGAAUGGCAGAGUUGAAAUCCCAGUUUUGACCAGGCAGGAGGGUAAGUCCUGCUUCUCGACCUUGCUGUACUGGCUUCGUAUGGGCAUAUCUGGUUACAGGAACCCAGCGUCUGAUGUUAUGCCUGUACAAAUGAUCAGAAUUGGGUCCCCCAGGUUAUGUUUCGCCUUCACCUGCACCCAAUGUAGGGGAGCUUGUGUUUGUAAUGCACCUGGCUGCUGCUCUAGUACUGAGUGCUAAAGUGCAGAGCAGCCUGGAUGCCUGAGACACAUAUACGUAACCUGUUGGCUCUUAAGAUGCAACUAAUAAGGCGUCAUAUUUUUA